AUGGUUAUUUUAUCAAAAGUUUCUUGUAGAUUAUUCAAAUUUUGGAACACUGAGAUUGACUGGGAAACCUAUAUGACUCAAGUUUCUCUUUAUUUAUCUGGUGAGAGAAAUUAUACUCAUAUCAAAGGUAGUACAGGCCCAAUAGUAUAUCCUGCUGGAUUUCUCUAUUUGUAUUCAUUUCUUUAUAAAUUAACAGAUUCUGGGCAGAAUAUUAUAAAGGGUCAACAGAUUUUUAUGUUUGUAUAUCUUGUAACACUUUUUUUCGUACUUAAAAUUUAUUAUUCAGUAAAUGCACCUUUUUAUGCAUAUUUGUUAUUAAUUUUUUCAAAACGUCUUCAUAGUAUUUAUUUAUUACGUCUGUUUAAUGAUUGUUGGGUUAUGCUUUUUUCAUAUAUGGCGAUUUAUGCUUAUGCUAUGCAUUUAUGGACAUUUGGUACAUGUUUUUUUGGGAUUGCAUUGGGGAUUAAAAUGAAUGUUUUACUUUUUUUUCCUGCAAUAGCUAUAAUAUUAUUACAAAUGUUGGGUCUGAGGUGUAUGUUGUGGCAUUUUUUUGUUGUUUUUGUGAUUCAGGCAUUAUUAUCUAUACCGUUUAUUUCUUAUAAAAAAGAAUAUAUCUCUCGUGCUUUUGAUUUUUCUCGAACAUUUUUGUAUAAAUGGACCGUUAAUUGGAAGUUUUUGCCAGAGUCAGUUUUUUUGUCCAAGGAGUUUUCAUAUUUAUUGUUUUUUAUUCAUGGAUUAAUGCUUUUUAUUUUUUCAAGUAGACUGUGGAAUCGAAUUUCUGAUUAUUCUUUGAAAAAAAUUGGAUCCUCUUUGUUAAAUACAAAGCCAUUGUUUAUUAAUAAAACACACAGGAGACAUGUUCAGCUUCGGUCUCUCAUUGUUAUAACACUUUUUACAUCUAAUUUAAUUGGCAUUUUGUGUGCACGCUCUUUGCAUUAUCAAUUUUAUUGUUGGUUUGCAUGGAGUAUGCCUUAUAUUCUUACUAAAACACGUAUACCUAUAGUAUUACAGAUUAUAAUAUGGGCAUUGCAAGAGUAUGCAUGGAAUAUAUAUCCAAGUACACCAUAUAGUUCUUUUAUUGUUACCACUAUUCCUGCGUUGGUUUUGUUUUUGAUUUUGAUUCGCUACUAA